GACUUCUAUAUCCCCCGUACAAAUCCCAGGCACAUAAAACCUACUUUUGACCCAUUCGCUGGACAAACGGGAUGCCAUCUGAAGGAGUGCAGUAAAUAUUUAGGCCUAUGUAAAUCGUUCGAUGUCCUGAUCAAGUUGGCGGAUUGCAAACACUGGUGGAUGUGAACUUCUUGUUGAGUUCUGCGUACAAGUAGACUUCACGUCCACAACUGUGUCAAUCUGGGUUUUUUUUUUUCUGUUGCCGGUCGGGCUGUUGUUGAAUUGUCAUGCUGUUUUUGCGUCAAUUUUCACUGACAUAUCGGUGCUUCAAUGGUGGUUACCAUUUGCUUCCAAGUUCAAAGCAUCCCUUUUGAUCAUUUUUAAUCAGCUAAAUAUUAACUGACGUCAUAAUUUACAGAUCAGUUGCUAUUUGACGUACUAUCUAUGGAUAUUUAAGGAAACAAUAUAUUGAACUGAGAGCAAAAGUGGAAUUUUGAUUGUCUUAACGCUGAAUUACAUCAUCUCGCUAGAAAAAUAGUUGGUGGCCAGCAACGGGUUGCAAAUCGAGUUAAGCAACGGAUCAGAGAACCUUCGAAUAACGUAUAAUUAUCGCCAACUGUAUCCGCAUCAGCAAGACAACACCAAGGUUAUUAUUGUUAGCGACACAGGCUUAUCAGGCAGGAAAGCUGCUCGGACCAUGCUUGCUUGCAGAGACAUCGUGACGUUGUUCUUGGCCUGGCUUGUUGCCGUAGCCCGUUGUCAGAGUCUGCCCACAAGAGACGAAGAGUUAUUUAUUCACCAGAUGAAAAAUCCAGAAACAUUCCACGACUCACGUCUGAUACCUGACGGGGCAGAAGUCAAAGCAUACGCUAUGACGUCUAGCUUAUCACCGUAUUUUUUCUUGGUUGAGGAGGAUAGUACUGCAUUAGCGAUUACUGUAACGCCGUGUGCAUCACCAUUAGAAUGGAUGCUCUCCGGGCCUAUAUAUGACAUGCUCGAAGAAGGGAGUGCUUCAGGUAUUGAACAAUUUGAAAAGCAAUGGCCACAAAGGCGAUCAUCUCUUAGUAUGGGUUCGCCUUUGAAGACAUACAUAGGCCAGAAUGUCAGCACACACUCGUUAAGUAAUUCACCUGCUGGAAUUUACAUGCUAAGUGUCCGAGCAAUAGAGAAAGAUUCCAGCUUUAUGAUCUAUGCGACGACAACGCCGAACUCUGAUCGUAUCUAUCCUGUUUUACCGUCAGACUCACAAGUCGACGUAACAGCAGUACGCAAAAAUCGUGUUUCACUUGCGUGGAAGGCGAGCGUUUCAGACACCGUAUAUAAACAACCAAUUAAGUAUUGUGUAGCGAUGAAUACCGAACGCAAUUAUCCCACUUUAUGUAGCAUUGAAGCUCGUCUGUACGGUGAUCGCCGGCCAGUCGUGCCUAACACCGGCUUCGGAUUUUCUAGCGAAAAAAAUAAAAAUAUAAAAGAAUCACGGAAAAAUAGGAAGCGCAAAAACAGACGAGGACCUCCGUCAAAUGGGAGCCUGUUGCGCAGUGAAUCGGAUAUAACAUUCGAGUGUAUUGGGACGAAGACCCUUCACACGUUUACAGAUUUGGAGCCUAAUCAGAAAUACUUCUUUGAUGUUUUUGCCGUCGACACGACAACAAAUCGUAGCACAGCGUACACGAGUGUUGAGGUUGUUACACGUCCCAGUGAGAAUGAUGAAAAGGUAGUGGUACUAAAAGAUGGAAAAAUAAUAGAUUCUUCUGUUCGACCCUCUCAACCGUCAAAGACAUUCCAGAUAGACGUUGGACAGAAAACUAAGGAAUUGUUGGCGACGGUCCAACCUUGUUCAGAUCCCGUUCGCGUAGAGAUUUGGAGAGAUACAGAACUAGUUAAAUCUGGUGACGUUGAAGACCUUCAAAGUUUUACGAUUAAUAACGCUAAGGGAAUCUUCGAUAUCAAAAUUGUUGGAACUUUGAAACUAACCACACACUUCAGAGUCUUCGCUACGACAAAACCAAGGAAGUACCCAUACCCACGUAUGCCUGAAGACAACCGCAUAAAACCGUUUAGAAAUCUCCGAGAGUGUGAUUCAUUGACCGUUGCCUGGUUAAUAUCCAGUGAGACGGCACAGUAUUGCCUGUACAAGCGUGAAGAUACCUCAACAAAAACCGAAAGUGAUGGUAGAAAAAACCUCCGCCUUGAAAACACUUGCCACGGACCUGAAACGCGCAAAAAGAGCGAAAAGGUUUUUUGUCAGAAGGUCCACGCGCCUUCCGAAGAAGACACAGUUAUGACAAAGAUGGUGACGGGUCUCAAGCAAGGCACUGGUUACGUAUUUGAUGUAUACGUUAGUAGGGACGGUAAACAGUCAUUAGCGUACAGGAGCGUUAAAGUAAAAACAAAAAAGUAUUGCUGACCAAGCCACUGGUAAUUUAGAGCUAACCAAUCGGUAAGCAGAAUCCAAAAGUAUGAUGACGCCACUUGGCACGUGAUUCAUUUGGACACGUCACUGAAGACAGUAGAACAUUCACGAGUGUUGCCGUCACGUGCCACAAAAUACGUCUGACGUUAUAUCUAUGAUGUAUUUUAUAGGCCCCUAUAUGUACUGCUGGAGGCAGCUCGAGCGAAAUUGCGACCAAAAUUCGCUUUAAAAAGACAAAAUACGUGUCUGGACAAUCUAUGAUAUGACAUUGUGUGGUGUACUGUAUUAUUCGGAGAUGUACAAAAUUACGAUCGAACUUCGGCAGGUAUUUGGACAUGAUCCAAACAAAAGAACAUGUAUAAAGUGAUGGUGUGGUGUUUGAAAUAACCCAUACAUGAUGAUGUUUUGUGAUGACGACCGGGUUUCUAAAAUCCGCAUUGUGAAGGUAUAACAACAAUGAAUAUAGAUAAUAUAAAGAAGAAAAACAAAAUAUGAAAUUGAUUGGUUUUUGGACAAACCUAACAAUGAAAGCAACGUUUAAGUGAAACAAAUAGAACAAAACACGGAGUAUACUGAGUAAUUAAUUUGUUGCUAAGCUCACUCAGGACGAAUGUUGAGUCUGUCCAGAAAUUGUUGGUAGACUCGAUUGAUACUGCCCUAUACCUGUUCGUGAUUGGAGGUGCUAACGAGUGUAACGUAUUUGUAACACAAUAACAUUCGCAUUAUAUGCAUAGUCAUGUCCAAAAUAAGUUAGAAUCAUACCCAGUAGGCCUAGCCAGCAUCCUAUUAGAUGCCAUUUUUACUGGCUUUAGUUAUUCAACAAAUUAGAUAAUCAGCAGAUCAGCCUUAAGCUGCAUUUACAUCGGAUUCGAACCGAAAUUUGGACCUCGUUUCCGAUGUUCUGAACGCCAGCCAUACACACUGAACAUUUUCUGAUCGGUUCGGUAGGCUUUCCGACGUUCCGAAAAUUCGGAUUAGGUGUGAAUGCACCCUUAUGAUACAUUCUAUAUCAUUGUAUUAAAAUGUUAUAUACUGUGGAUGUUUUCACUACAAAAGUGUUAUUAAUGUAAUAAACAUGCUGUAUUCUAUCAUCAGAUAGGAUGUAUCUAUAUUUAUUGUAUAAAGUGAACAUGUUAUAUAUAAUGAUGAUGAUAAUAAUAAAUAAUAAUAAUAAUAAUAAUAAUGUUAUUAAUGUUUAUGAUGAUGAUGAUGAAGAUAAACCUGUAGGGAUUAAAGGUUUGAUAUAGUUAAGUGACAAUCGGGCCUAGUUAUUUCCGCUGUCAGUAAAAUGUAUAGAAAGCGUAAAAUCACAUAUAAUGUAACUGUAAUCGUUUUUCAUUGUGAACUGUAAAAGUCUGUCCAAAGAUUCAAAUUUUAUGUGAUUUGCCGAUUAUAUUAUAUAAUAUAUUAUGGCCUUGAUUUCGCAUGCAUGAUGAUGCAUAUCAUGUGAAAAUAUACCGUAGGCUACUUGUCACAUAAAACAUGAUGUUGUGGAUUAAUGUGAAGAUCAUUCCAAAGGAAGUGAAUAUUAUUUCGUAUCAUCUUAUUUCCUAAUAAUGUUCUUAGUAAGCUUAGCCUAUACAUCACUACAUUUGAUAGGAAGACGUUAACAAGAUAAAAGAACAAGAUACCUGUACCAAUAAAAUGUUAUUUGUUCUUGAAACAAAGUACACCUCUAACUAGACUGCCUUUAUUGUUAUUCGCUUUUCAUUAUAUCGCUACACAGCCGUAUUAUUCUUUAAAGACCCUAUAAAAAAAAUCGAGCUUUUAGUGAACGUUCAACCAUUGCAUUAAAGUGGUUUUUAACCACGUCAAAAGAAAAAAUAAUAUUAGUAGUAUGCAUAAAAAUAUUUUAUGCAUACUGUACAGACUAAUGCGGGCUCAAACCUUUUCAUGACGUCAUUCCAUGACAUAUCCACUGCAAUUUAUCAUUAAAAAAAAUUGAGCACGGUGAAUAGAAAUUUAGAAUACAAUAGGCUUACAUUUAAAAGAAGGCUGGCGUACCUCUUAAAUGUUUGGUUAUUUCGGAUCAUCAGGAAGAGUUAAGCUUGGUUUUCAUACAAUCGCUACACGCUAUCGCCGGCAGCUUUCGGUGAAGCUCGGUUUCCAUAGAAUCGCUCACCCUAUCGGUGACAGUUGUCGGAAAGGCUGAACCUGGUUCAACUUGGCCGAUUGCUUUGCAGACGAAUCGGGGUGCCUUUUUGAUUCCGUCGGAGCAGCUAGUAGAUGCACCCUGGUUUGUUUGCAACGCAAUCGGCAAAGUUGAACCUGGUUCAACCUUCCCGACAACUGUCGGCGACUGUCGCCGAUAGGGUGAGCGAUUCUAUGGAAACCGAGCUUAAUGCUGAUUGGUCGGUCGAAUCCCGAUUGCGUCGGGGACUGCUCCGCAGUACAACGAUUUUACUGAAAACACUGUAGCGACGGUGUAGCGAUUGUAUGAAGACAAGGCUUUGAAAGUAGGGUGAAGCACUAUUAUAUUGACCCAGCUAUAAGACAGUAGAAUAAACAAACCGAGCGGUGACAUGUACUCACUGCUGAUUAUUAGUAGAACACAGUCCUGAGUGAUUCCAUGGGAUGGUGUUUUUACAGGCUCGGUAUAGAAAAUAGGCAUAUUAUAAUGUCUACUUAGUAGUAUGGGGAACCGAAUGCCAAACUGAUCACGUGAUAAUAUUUUCUAUGUCUCAAAGCUACACCAACAUUUCAGACAAAAAACUAUUUCAAAUUAUGCCUUCAGCGUUGCAUUUAUAAUCCUAGUUGUUUUCACAACGUUAUAAAAUUUGCGCCUUUCUCACAUGCUGUGUUUAUGUUUUAAAUUUGUUUUGACGUUUGUCUAUAUUUUGUUUGAUUUUAUUUUAGUUGUUACAGGAUUAAAGAAGUCACACAAAAUCGCACUGCUUUACCUAGAAAUAUCAUCCAUAUAAUAGUGACAGUAUCCUUAGCUAUGUUCUGUCGUACAUGUCGAUAAAAUAAUUACUAGGCGUGCCGCAUUUACUUAGGCCUAUAGCACGUAUGGUAAGCUAAGGGUGUUAUUUGUAUCAUUGAAUAUGUAUAUAUUUGUUGAGAUGAUGUAUCAAAUAUAUAAUUAAUUAAUUAAUUACCGUGAUUAAUUAACGGUAAUCCAUAGCCACUUGUCUUGCGUGUUUUUUAAAAAAAAUUACCAUUUACAAUAAUUGCAUCUAUACUUGCUGAUGAAUUUACUCUUGUAAUUCUUUAGUCUGACUCGUUGUUGUUCGUUUUGAAUGUAAAGAGUUAAUAGUUAAUAUUCUAUAGUGGACUUCAAAGUAUAAGUGGUAGGCCUAUAUGUAAUACAAACAAAAAAUUCAAAACACUGUGUAUAUUUAAACGUUUCCAAUUAGUGUUGUUUAACUAGGCCUAUAUUCUGUUAGUCCACUGUUAUUGUGCGAAACUAUGAAUAUCUACACGUUGAUAAUGUAAUAAUAGGUUGUAUAGAGAGCAUUCAUGUACUGUAGUAUAUUCAAAUGUAUUAUAAUGGUUGUCCCUAACCGUUUACAGGUAUCUCAUACGUUUCGUAGCAUCUAUAGCACGUGUAACAGGUAUCAUUAAUCAAUGUCUCUGUUAGCCGUAUUUAAAAGCUGUUUUGCUUGAAAAAAACAUCAGUUUAUUUAUUAUGUAGAAAUUAAUAAAUUAUAUCCGUCCUA